AUGGAACCCGCGGCAGGGCCUGUGCUCUACCAGAAACUGCAGCUCUGGGAACCAAACUUGGAAUAUGAGGAGGAGGAGGAGGAAGAGGAGCUGGCAGAGCCUCUUGUUCCCGAUCCCUGGACAUCUCAGGACUCCUCUGGGAACGAGGUUGGUGGUCGGCCUGGGGCCUGGGCCCAACUAGUUGCUGCCCUGCUGCUGCUGGCCGUUGGCUUCUCCCUGGCUGUGACCCAACUUCAAGCCAGGGGCAGCUCUCCAGGAACCUCGGGCUCUGUAGCUCCACCACCCAGUGGGCACUCCCACCGCCUGGGCGUAUACCACCACAGUGCCAUCAUCAGCCCUGCAGCCACGUGCUCCCACCAGGGCCGAGAGCUGCUUGCUGCAGGAGGCAACGUCGUGGACGCCGGAGUUGGAGCAGCCUUGUGUCUGGCAGUGGUGCAUCCUCACGCCACAGGGCUAGGUGCCACGUUCUGGGGCCUCUUCCACAAUGGCUCCUCGGGCAAUUCAACUGCCCUGACGCCCGGCCCUGUGCAGACCCUAACCCCCAGCCUGGGGCUUCCCUCGGCUCUGCCUGCCCUGCGCUUGCUGCACACACGCUUCGGCCACCUGCCUUGGUCACGCCUGCUGGUGGGCCCCAUCACACUGGCUCAAGAGGGCUUCGUGGUGGAUGCAUCCCUGGCUAGAGCGCUGGAAGCCCAGGGUACAGAGGGCCUCUGUCCAUUUCUUUGCCAUGCCGAUGGGACACCACUGGGUCGCGGGGCCCGAGCCAUCAACCAAAAACUGGCAGCCAUGCUCCGCAGGGCCGCACGCACCCCCACACCAGAACUUGCAGGGGAUGCUCUACUGAAUCUGCUGGCCAAAGAUUUGAAGUUGGAAAGACCCUUGGCAGAGCCCAUGCCCACACUGGAGCCAGCACUGCAGUUACAUGUGCCCCAGGGCGUCCUGUACACCACGCCCAGCCCCUCAGCUGGCCCAGAACUGCUGACACUGCUGGAGGCAGCCCUACACUCAGGAGGGCCCAGCCCUGACUCCUGCUUACCACAAGCUCCUGAGCCCCCUGGCAGCAGUGUCCUGGCCACUGUGGACAGCAGUGGCUCUGUGCUCCUUCUCACCUCCUCACUGAACAGCUCCUUUGGCUCUAGACACCUAUCCCCAAGCACUGGGGUUCUGCUCAGCAACCUGGUAGCCAAGUCUGCGACUAGUGCCUGGGCCUACCCCCUCAUUCUUCGUGACAGCCUGGAUGACACAGAGGCUGAUGUGUUUGGGCUUGUGGCUGCUGGGAGCUCUGCAGUGGCCAGCAUCAUGACUCAUACCUUUCUCAGCCACUUGGCUGCACCCCAAGCUGAGGUCCAGCACCAGCACGAACACCAGCACCUGCAAGGACCAACAGGAAACACCAGCACCUGUGGCCAGGGAACCCUGCUCCAGGUGUCAGCCCAUGCAGAGCACGCCCAUGUCUCCAGUAUCCCCAAAGACUGCUGCUCCUUCCAGGGGUUCUAA